AAUUAGUAUUAUUUAAGCCACGUUUAAAAAACAAAAUAGAGAAGAUCAGUGAGGUAAGUGCUAACGUGCGCCACCAGUGACCGUUAUCUAAACGGCGCUAAAUAUUCCGAGUGUGCCUUUUUCAUAAACAAAACGCAAACGAAAAACCCACUCCCACUUCCUCCUUUCCAAAAAAAAGAACACUCACACACACACCACUUUCUCUCUCUCUCUCUCUCUCUCUCUCUCUCUCUCUCUCUAUCUCUCUCUCUUUCUUUUGCCGGCGAACAUGGAGAAAGGCUUCACUCCCGUCGGUCUCAGAGUUCUUGUGGUCGACGACGACCCAACCUGGCUCAAGAUUCUCGAGAAGAUGCUCAAGAAGUGCUCUUACGAAGUCACUACAUGUGGGUUAGCUAGAGAGGCUCUCAGGUUGCUGCGGGAGCGGAAAGACGGAUAUGACAUCGUGAUCAGCGACGUGAACAUGCCUGACAUGGACGGCUUCAAGCUCCUUGAGCACGUUGGCCUUGAAUUGGACCUCCCUGUCAUAAUGAUGUCGGUGGAUGGUGAAACGAGCAGAGUGAUGAAAGGAGUGCAGCAUGGAGCUUGCGAUUACCUAUUGAAGCCGAUAAGAAUGAAGGAGCUGAAGAUUAUAUGGCAACAUGUCCUGAGAAAGAAGCUUCAAGAAGUGAAAGACAUCGAAGGCUCAUGCUGCUACGAAGGAGGAGCUGAUUGGAUCAUUAGAAACGAUGAGGCACAUUUUCUUGGAGGAGGUGAGGAUGUUUCUUUUGGGAAAAGGAGAAAAGACUUUGACUUUGAGAAGAAGCUUCUUCAGGAUGAGAGUGACCCAUCUUCCUCCAAGAAAGCCAGAGUGGUUUGGUCUUUUGAGCUUCACCAGAAGUUUGUCAACGCUGUUAACCAGAUCGGAUGCGAUCACAAAGCUGGUCCCAAGAAGAUAUUGGACCUCAUGAAUGUUCCAUGGCUCACUAGGGAAAAUGUCGCAAGCCACCUUCAGAAAUACAGACUUUACCUGAGCAGAUUAGAGAAAGGAAAGGAGCUAAAGUGUUAUUCUGGUGGAGCAAAGAAUAUAGAUUCACCUCCAAAAGAUGCCGAUUUGAAUUCAGGACACCAAAGUCCAGGCAAGAGCAGCUAUGCAUUCUCUGUGGGAAGUUCUCUACUCCAUAAAGCAACAGAGACUGAUCCAAAGCCACUUGCUUCAGCUUCUGUCUCUGACCCCAACAGUGAUGUUCAUAUGCCUCCAAAAGCGAAAAAGACACGUAUAGGAUUUGAUCCUCCCCUUUCCUCCACUGCGUUUGAUUCUCUGCUUCCCUGGAAUGAUGUUCCAGAUCCACUUGAAUCGAAGCCCCCGAUUCUAUAUGAGAACAACUUCCUCCAGCCUAGUCAAAGCUCUUAUGUUUCAAAUUCUGCACCUUCUCUCAUGGAAGAGGAAAUGAAGCUUUCUUAUGAGACCCCAGCAGGAGGCACUUGUGUGAAUGCGGAUGAGUUUCUCAAGAGCCCUACUGUAACCCUCCAAGAUCUGGACUUGUCCGCUCCCUCUGCCAUCUCAUGCAUGAAGCUGCAGGAGUUCAGCUCAAAUGUGACCAACAGUACAGAGUCCAUUCUGAGAAGCUUGAGCUGGGAGUUCCCGGAAUCACAUCAUUCUGGUUCUUUAGACACUGACUUAGACUUCAGCUGGCUUCAAGGCGAGCAUUUUCUUGCAAACACUGGACUCCAAAACUUCCAGUUUCAAGAUUACAGCAGUAGCACAUCGCUCCUAUCUGAGCUCCCACCACACCUUUGGUUUGGAAAUGAGCGGCUUCCCGACCCUGACGAGUAUUCACUCCUGGUUGACCAAGGUUUAUUCAUAUCUUGACCUUGUUCUCAUUUUAACUGCUUUUCGUAUAUUGGUGGGUGUAAUGCAGAAAGAUUUUGUGGGUAUACCUGAAAAAUAAUCUUGCUUUCCCAAGAACCUUCCAUGGUCAGAUGCAUGUACAAUAAUCCAUGAGUGUCAUAGGCUAAUUACAUCAAAAUAGUUGGAUUACAAUGAUAAGACCACAUGUUUCAUACCGUCGCUUAUGAUCUUCACAUGGUCGCUUAUGAUGUUCCCUUUCACGUGUUUCUUCUCCUAGAAGGAAAAUACUUGCUCUGUCGUACUCUUGAGAAUAAGAUCUCUACACACUGUAUCUAUUGGCAAACUUAGAUAUACAAAUGAGUGUUAGGACAACGUUUUUGUCUAAGAUCUGCUACCAAAUCCAAGAUGGGAAACUACAGUGAGUUUUGAACUAUCUGACAUCUUGUACCAAGUGAACCCUAUAGCAGGCAAUCGAUUGGUUAUCUGACUAAGCUCUAAUUCAAUAAUAACAAAUAAAUACAAAGCUACACCGUAACGCAUUAUUCAGAAAAUCGGAUGUCAUCAGUACUGUGCAGUUCUAGUUAAGGAUUU